AUGGAUGCUCAUGAGACGGUGCCGCCUUCGAACGGUUCAAGCCUACGCUCAAAGCUUUGGGCAGCGGUGAUGCAGAGCAAAGCCAUCAAGGUCAAGGAGUUGCAGGAGUCUUGCGCAUUCUACGAUUGCGUGCGGAAGGAUGUGCGGAAACUGCGUCCUCAGCUGGUGGUGGACGUGUGCGGCGGCCACGGUGCCCUGGCGAUGCUCUGCGUGGCGCAGGGCGCCGCCGAGGGCGCCGUGAUCAUCGACCAAUCAGCGCCUCCCAGCCACCGUCACUUGCGUGAGGCCUGGUCUCCAUUCUUGCCAGGGCCCAUCACCUAUGAUGAGCGGCCCCUGCAGGAGGCCUUGCCCGAGGCUCUCAAGAGCGGCAAACGCAUGUUCGUGCUGGCAUGUCAUGCGUGCCAACACCUGGCGUGGCAGAUCAUGGAGAUGUGCCAGAGUUCCCGGACGCCCUUCGCCGUUUGUCCUUGCUGUCCGAAGGACCAUGGAGGCACCAUCAAGGCUGCUGCCAAGUCUUUGGGGGUCGACUUCCGAGCCGCCAUGAUUCUAGCGGAGUUGGGGCGACUCUCUUCCCAAGACUGGGCUUCUGCACUGCGAACCUUUGACGAGAAGGUGUCGCCUCAUAAUCGCGUGAUUUUGGGCUGGCCACAAGCAGAGAUCAAGCAGGAAGGGAUGAUUCAGAAAGCGGAGGACAAGCUGCGGCGGGCCUAUGAGCGAUCCCACCAUGCUGGCUCGGCGGAUGGACGUGCUGCUGGACUGUGGUCCGGCGCGGCACCUGCAGGGGAUGAAUUGGAGACGAAGCAGGAGGCUGUGCGGGAACUGCUGGUUCCGGUCACGGGCGAGGCCAUCUGGGAGCAGCUGGAGAUCCGCGCGUCGCCCCGGCGGCAUUUCCGCGCCAGGACGGUCAUCGCAGUUGGUGCCAAAGGUGGGCCAUCGCCCGAUGACAGUGGCGGCCUGUUCAGAUUCGUGCCCGAGCCCGCUGGUGGCUUCCAGCUGCAGUCCACGAUCCCUACGGAGACUUUGCUGCCGCAAGUGGCAGCUGCUUUGCCUGUGCUGGCUGAGCUUAUGUCCCAUCCGGUGCUCUCACCGGUUCGCUGUGUGAAGCUGCAUGGAACCUUGGGGACCUCACAGCUGCUGUGCUGCUUGGUCUACGGCCCGGACACGUCCGAGUUGCCAGGCGCAGAAGUGUUGGAGCAGCUUCAUCAAGGGCUUCGGGAGCAGCUGGGUGACCUGCUGCAGACGCUGGUACUGGUGGCGUCUGUCAAGGGGCGGCAGAGGAGCUUCCCCGAAGGUCAGGACUUUGUGGAUGAAGUCCUGCGGAUCUCCGGGUCGCGGGAGCUUCGAUAUCGGCAGCCCUUUGGACAGUUCUCCAAUCCAAACCCGCACAUUGCCAUUGCCACCGCCGAGUGGAUGGCCAGCAUCCUUGGAGAGAUCGAGGGCGGCUCCACGGAUCUCUUGGAGCUCUACUGUGGCUGUGGGAGUCACACCGUGGCGUUGGCGCCCUCUUUUCGCCGCGUCCUGGCGGUGGAGAUCAAUCGACACCUCGUGGAGGCGGCCCAGCACAACGUGGCACUGAAUGGACUCAGCAAUGUCACUGUCCUUAGAGCACCUUCUGAGGACUUCUGCCGCCGUGUGCUGCGCACCCGCAGCUAUGAGCUGCGGGAGGCCAAUGGCACGAACAAGAUGCAGCUCAACUUCCGAUGCACAGUCGUGGAUCCCCCGAGAGCGGGUUUGGAUCCCGUGACCCUGGAGGCGGUCUCAGGAUAUGAGCACAUCCUCUACAUCUCUUGCAACCCAGUGGCCUUGAAAUCCAAUCUGGAGGUGCUCCUCAAGACCCACAGGCUCUGUCGGAUGGUCUUGCUGGACCACUUUCCCUUCUCAGCACAUGUGGAGAUGGCUGUCCACCUCCAAACGAUGGCAUCCUGA